AUGUUCUUCCACUGCCGUCGCAAGCAGCGCCCGCCCUCCGUCUUCCCACGCACGCCCUGCGCGCGGCUGGGCUGCAAUCGCAAGGCGUUGAGGUGCGAAUCCCACGAGCGGGGCAUCACCUUCUACUCGUUCUACUGCAAGGACCACGCCUGCCGCCACCGCGCCGGUAACGUCAUGUGUCCCAACCACAAGCAAGCCGGAGAGACUCGCUACUGCGAAGACCGCACGUCCAGACAGGCCAAGCCCCAUACCUGCCUCCUCGACGGCUGCUACCUGAAGCGCGCGCCCGACUCGCACAUGUGCGCCCCGCACACCCCGCGCUGCCUGAUCCCCGACUGCCCCGACCCGCGGUCCGCGACGGGCCUGUUUUGUGCCGCGCACAGCUGCGCCGCGCCGGACUGCGACGCCGUCAUCGCCGCCGGCGCCUGGUGUCGGUCCCACACGCCAUGCCGCGUCACGGGCUGCACACGCCCGCGCGCCGUCCUGCCGCACAUCAGCAGCAGCAGCAGCGGUGGCACCCGCGAUGCCGUCUGCGCCGAGCACGCGCCCCGUGCCUGCCGUCGUGGCGGGUGCACGGCGGUCCUCGACGGCGCAGCAGAGCCGCAGCAGCAGGUCUUCUGCGCCGCCCACGAGUGUCUGCGCGUCGACUGCCGCGGCGGGCGGCUGGACACGACGGCCGACGGCGGCGGCGUCUUCUGCGAGGCGCACGCGUGCGAGAAGCCGCUGUGCGGGGAGCCCGUCGUCGCGGCCGCCGAGGGGGCGCGGUACUGCCAGGGCCACGAGUGUCUGGUCGCCGCGUGCCGGGGCCCGCGCGCCGUCGACUCGCUGUACUGCCCGCUGCUGCACGCCUUCAGCAGCGGCAGCGGCGGGCGCGAACGGGGCACAAUCUUGCGCCGCUGA